GCUCGUGAUUAAUUCAUUGUAUGUUGUAGAAGAAGAAGAGGUCGGCGGAUAACUUCUGGGAGAAAAAAAAAAAACACACAAACGACGGACUGAAACUUAACCUUUAAGUAUGGCAGCGAUUCGUAAGAAGCUGGUGAUUGUUGGUGAUGGAGCAUGCGGUAAAACCUGUUUGCUGAUCGUCUUCAGUAAAGACCAGUUCCCUGAAGUCUACGUCCCCACCGUGUUUGAGAACUAUGUAGCAGACAUUGAAGUGGAUAGUAAACAAGUGGAGCUUGCUCUUUGGGAUACUGCAGGGCAAGAGGACUAUGACAGGCUCCGCCCACUUUCCUACCCAGACACUGAUGUCAUUCUCAUGUGCUUUUCUAUUGACAGUCCAGACAGUUUAGAAAACAUUCCAGAAAAGUGGACACCUGAGGUCAAACACUUCUGCCCAAAUGUACCUAUCAUCCUUGUGGGCAACAAAAAGGAUUUACGUAAUGAUGAGCACACGCGCAGAGAGCUGGCCAAGAUGAAACAGGAGCCGGUCAAAGCUGAGGAAGGCCGGGACAUGGCUAAUCGGAUCGGAGCUUUCGGCUACAUGGAAUGCUCUGCGAAGACGAAGGAUGGUGUGCGGGAGGUGUUUGAGAUGGCCACCAAGGCAGCGCUGCAGGCACGCAGGGGCAAAAAGGAUAAUAAAUGCUGCCUUCUCUGAAGAUGCAGCACUGGACUCAGACCCCAAGCAGGGGUGCAAAAUGUGUGUAGAUGCACACACUCAUUCCUCAAACUCGCCAAACAUUUUGGAAGAAAGAGUAACUGUUCAGAAAAUAGUUUUUUGUUAAAUUUAUUUUUGAUUUUUCGAAUAGUCAUGGAAGUGUUUUAUCAGUAUUUAAGAAAUUGCAAAGGACUUGGACUUUUGCCUGUUUUGUUUGUUUUUGAUGUUUUUACCUGAGUUUUGUGAUCUUAUUAAAGCCACACCCACCUGCCAAAUGCUGUCAUGUGACUCAAAAGCCUGCCAGUUAAGUGCUCACAAUUGCUGGGAAUCUUUACAAAUUUUUUUUUUUUUUUUAAGUUCCCCAUGGAACAAGGCUGAAAAGUGAACAUGAUUUGUAUGUGUAGGAGUCAUUUUUUUAUGGUUUGUUUAGGAAUUUAAACGCCAACUUUCUUUGGAAGCAAAAAAGACGGGGUGGGGGUUAGAUAUGUAUACAUGUACAUAUGUAACACGUGUCUGGAUGCACACGGUCAUGACUGGAAGUCCAUUUGUAAACUAGACUUGGUAAUCUUAUGUAAUAAAAGACUUUCUAUAAGGAA